CGCGCUCGGGUCACGUGGGCGGUGGCGCCCCGCCCCGCCCCGUCACGCGGAGCGCCACGCGGCCGCCGGCUUCCCUGGCCGGUUCAGUAUCCUCACGCGGCGGCGCUGCGGCCGGGUCUCGCGGAGGUGGGGAAGGGACUCAGGGAAGCAUGGAUCCUGAUGGCUCUGAACAAGAUCCUGAAAUGAAGGAGCAAUAUGCUUCUGUCUAUGUGGGUAGAGAAGAAGACGUUAAAAGAUCUGAAAGAAUAACAGCUGUUGUCCAUGACAGAGAAGUGGUAAUUUUCUACCACAAAGGAGAAUUUCAUGCUAUGGAUAUUCGCUGUUACCACUCAGGAGGACCUUUACAUUUGGGAGAAAUAGAGGAAUUUGAUGGACGAGCAUGUAUAGUUUGCCCCUGGCAUAAGUAUAAAAUUACUUUGGAAACAGGAGAAGGACUGUAUCAGUCUAUAGAUCCUAAAGACCCAUCAGCAAAACCCAUGUGGUGCUCCAAAGGGAUAAAGCAAAGGAUUCACACAGUGACAGUGGACAAUGGGAAUAUUUAUGUGACUCUUUCUAAUAAGCCUUUUAAGUGUGACUCUGACUAUUAUGCUACUGGAAUCUUCAAAGUAAUUCCGAGUUCCUUCUGAUAAAACUUCAUGGCAAUGAAAAAUGUUGUGUAUGUUUUGAAAGUAUUUUUAGAAUAACCCUGCUGAGUACCAAAGAUGACUUUUUCCAACACAAGCAUUUAUCAUCUUUAACAGUCAUAUUUAUGAAAGGUUCCAAGGUACAUGUACUUGGUGUGAUAUAAGGAUCAUCCUCGGGAUCUAUAGAAUACUUUUCAGCCAAUCCUCUGGAUUGAUUGGGACCUCAAGGUUAUAGGUUUGAAAUGUGCAUUUGAAGAAGGAUAAAAAUAAUUUGGAGUAACCAGAGUGAAGAAAAGGUUAAAAAAAAAAAAGAUCUACAAAGAAAAAUUUAGGGGGAAAAUCCCUACUUGAUAUAGUAGACUUUAUCAUGGAAAAAUUUUAAUGUGUACAAAGUGAAGGGAAUAAUAAACUCCCAGCACCCACCUUCAA